AUGGUGGGGGAUCUUGCAGUUGCAGUCGCAAAGCUAUGUGUGAUGCAAACCGCCCUUCGUCGUCUGGAUACACUCCCUUGUUCUGAACAAUGCAUUUAUUGGCUGAAGAGUGUGGAUGAUUUGCAACACAAUGAGCGAGCCAUUAGGGUUCCGUAUGGUGGGUAUGACUUGAAUUACUUAGGCAAGAAAGCACGGCAGCUGCUCAACAAGGCCAAUAGUCUCCUCAUUCAAGGAGACAGCUUACUGCACCCGAAAGAUAAUUUGCAGGGAACAAUGAACUUCUACAUGAAGAAGGUGAUUGGUUUCAUUAAGACCACAUGUGACGAGUCUGCCGGAUUGCUGGGGAUUUGGGGCAUGGGUGGUGUGGGAAAAUCAUCCCUUCUCAAGCUCAUCAGUGAUUCUCGUUCAGAGGAUGAUUACAAUUCCAUAGAAGUUAUGUUUGUUCGUGCUGGCAUUGGAUGUACAGUUAGUCAGGUGCAAGAAGCUAUUGCCACUUGUAUGGGACUAUCUAUAACGCACAAUGAGACUACCCAAGCAAAUAUCAUCCGUGACCACCUCAGUGAUACAAGCUUCUUAUUGUUGUUGGAUGAUCUAUGGGAGUGUCUUGAUUUGGUAGUUGUGGGCAUCCCCUUUCCACUGGGGAGAGUUGUGGUCUCCCUCCAGAGAGGGCUGGCACACAAAAAAUUGCGUAAAGUUGUGUUAACAACACGGAACAUGGACUUGUGUCACAAGAUGCAAUGUCACCGUGAAAAUAUCAUCCAAAUGGAGUGCUUCAAUGAAGAAAAGGCCUGGGAACUCUACCAAGAAGGAUGGCCUGCAAUCAUCAAUAGAGAUGAUGACAUUGAUAUUUUGUUGCCACAAAAGGAAAAGCCAUCGCGCCGCAACCAUCCGCAGCACCCACAAGACGAUGGGUUGCCUGAAAUGAACUCCUCUGAGAAGGUGCGAUGUUUCAUUGAGGCCAACGACACCCAGUCCCUGUUGAUGGGGAUUUGGGGCAUGCGAGGCGUGGGCAAGACAACUCUGCUCAGGCACGUGCGUGAUUCUUACACAGGUAACAGUUGCUUCGACCACAUUAUGUUUGUUGGGGCUGGAACCGGAUCUGUAUUGAACAAUGUGCAACAUGCUAUCACCAUCAAUCUAGGCUUUGAUUUGGCCAUGAUGUCAUCACUAGAUGAAUUGUCCCGAGCCACACAUAUCUUCAAGUAUCUUCAGCACAAGAGCUUCUUGUUAUUAUUGGAUGACAUAAGAGAGCCCCUUAAUUGGUGGGCUGUUGGUGUGCCAAUAUUACCACAUAGGCGGCAAAAGAUUAUCUUGGCGACGAGGAGUCAGGCUGCAUGUGCCCUCAUGGGUUGUCAUGCCGCCAACAUCAUCCAGAUGCAGUGUUUGCAAAAAGAGGAUGCAUGGAGCCUCUUCAAAGACAAGAUUGGGAUUGGAAUCAUCGACGAUCAUCCUCAAGUUCAUCAUAUUGCAAAGCAGAUGGUUGCACAGUGCGGAGGCUUACCCCUAGCCUUAUGCGCGCUUGGUCGAGCCAUGUCGAAUAAGAGAGACCCAAGGGAAUGGAGAAGCGCACGCAGUCAGCUCAGGGCUAUUAGCUUGGAGCCACGUGAAACCGACGAGAAGAUAGGCACUAUAAUCGCGGACCCUCUGUAUAGAUGGAGAGGGGACACCAUCCUCCCAACUGAGCAGAUCCAAGCCAAGACUGCUGUUGGACAGGAAGAUGCAGAAUUGCCAGCUGAACAGAUCCCAGCCAUGACCGCUGCUGAACCGAAAGAUCUAACACAGCAAGUUAAAAGGGUCCGAUUCCGUAAGGAACGGUCGGUCGGGUUCGAAUUGUAA